AGGGUUGUUAUGGCGGGGAAGACGUCAGGAUCCGGAGGUAGUGCUUUGCGUGUCUCCUAACCCCAAAACUUAAGCCGCUGUUCUACUGCAUUGCCUUCUCCUUUCGGUUUCUUUUUUCUCUGUCUACCAUUUAUCCUUCAAUCACAGCUGUGCUUUGAGCACUGGGCUUGUUCGUAUGCACGGGGUUUCUCUAUAUAUCUUGGCUAGGCGCGACCGGGCUGUGCGGUUUUAUUUUCCACCACCUGGACAGACAGGAUGUGAUGGGUGGAAGAAGGGGGAAAAGAAAAGGUCAGUGGAUGGAAAGCAUUAAAGGUUUCAGAGUUGAACCAAAGAGCAUGUCUCACAGUCGCGUUUCACAGACAGGGUCCAUGGGUUGGUUCAUCAAGCUUGGCGUUGCAAGUUUGCUGGCAGACGGACAAGAUGCGAGCGACCUAAAGCUGCUAGCGCUGCGUAGGGUAUUCAGUAAUUUAACCAGAGGAACUGCUGCGAAUGCCGAAUAUACACGUCAGAUUGGAUGGAGUCGUCUUGAUGCUGCUGAAGUGAUAGUAGGACUACUGCUGUGUUGGUGCAUGACUGGAUACCGUCUUCGACCUUCGUGCCAGAAGGGCGAAAGGGACUCGCGAACAGAAGAAGCCUCAAGCUGGGGUUAGACCAGCUGAAUGUCCCCAUGAGAGGUGGUAAAAACGGCGAGGCAAGA